CCGUCUGUGGUCCGUCUGUGGACCGUCUGUGGAGUGUGGACCGUCUGUGGACCGCUCGGUCCGUGUGUCGCAGCCGGCGUGGCUCGCUGCUAUACACACAGUGUGGCUGGCUGCUAUACACACAGGCGGGCGGUGUUCCGGCGCGGCGCCGCGGUGACCGAGGGGGACAGUAAACAGUGGGCCGCGGCGUGCGGGGGCGCCUGCUGUGCCCACACCACCGGCGGUGGGUGACGCGCGCCGCCCCGCUGCCGCCCGCUGACGCUCCUCAGAAGUGGGCGAUGCGGCGUCGGUGACGGCGCUGGUGCCAGCCGCGCGGACAGUGCAGAGGUGGCCGGUGGUGCCGGUCUGCAGUGCAGAGGUGGCCGGUGGUGCCGGUCUGCAGUGCAGUGGUGCCGGUGGUGCCGGUCGACAAUGGAGCCGAGGCCGGCUGGUGACUUCACCAUGCGUCCAGUGGCCGCGCUGCUGGUGACAGCGCUGAUGUCAAGCCAGCUGCGCUCCGCGCUGGCCGCUGUGGAGCCCACGUUCGAGCACUGCUGCCGCCUGGGCUCGCGGGCGGCGCGCGACGGCCAGCCCUGUCACGUGGGUGGCGCGCCGGUGCCGGACGUGGCGGCCGAGGAGCAGGCCAUGUGCCACGCCGUGCAGGCCAUCUGCUGUCUUCGCAAACAGCGCCAAAAGCAGUGUUCAGCCGGCACCGAGGCGGCGAAAAACCAGCAACCGUGCCUGCUGGAUCAGCCGGCGCCGGCUCGCCAGUACUAUAAGGAUUGUUGCGAGGGCUGCCGACUGGGCCUGGUAGUCGGCCCCAUGGGCAUGGGCUGCUCCUUCACGCGCUUCAAGCUAGGCCAGCCGUGGGAGAACAGUUUCGUGUCGUGCUGCAUCGACCGCUCGGCCGUGGAGCCGGCACUGCCGGCCGCCCGGCCCGUGCUGCCGGCCACCGCCGCCCACGGCCUCCAGUCAGACUCUGAGAACAUCUGUGACUUGUUCGUGGGCCAACUGUGCGCGCACAUCUGCGUCUCGGUGCCCGGCUCGUACCGCUGCGAGUGCCGGCCCGGCUAUCUGCUUGGUCCAGACGCCAAGUCCUGCACGCUGGACAGCGGAGCCACCAGGUGCCGGGACAGCAACCCGUGCGCUCAGCUCUGUUCCGCUUCCGACACUGGCACUGACGUGCAGUGCUCCUGCAGAAAGGGCUUUCAGCUGGCCCCCGACCAAGUGAACUGCCUCGAUGUGGACGAGUGUGUGGCCCGGCUGGACCAGUGCCAGCCCGGCCACAUGUGCUUCAACGAGCCCGGCUCCUACGGCUGCCUGGACCGCUCGUCGCGCGCCGUGUACAGGCCCGAUGGCGCCGCCGAGCAGCCCCACGACGACGACGACGGCGACGACGACGACGAGCAAGGGGACCUUGAGCUGCCGGCCCGGCCCGGGACUCCACAGUGCCCGGAUGGAUUCACGAUCAAUCCAGAAAACCAACUAUGCGAUGAUGUGGACGAGUGUCGGGACCCUGGCUCGUGCGGAGACAUGGCCUGCGAGAACUCGAUCGGCAGCUUCCAGUGCGUUCCACGCCGGAUGACCUGUCCUUCCGGCUUCGUCUUCAGCCCCGGCGUGCAGACUUGUGUCGACAUCGACGAGUGUCUGGAGGGCACGUCCAGCUGCCAGCCGGAGCGCGAGUUCUGUCUGAACACGCAGGGCGGCUUCACGUGCCAGGCGCGCCGCGGGCCCCGCGACUGUCCGGCCGGCUUCAAGUACGACACGUCCGCCGCCAGCUGCCUAGACGUGGACGAGUGUGAGGAGAAGAUAGACGGCUGCCAGCCGGAGACGGAGCGCUGCACAAACACGCUCGGUGGCUACGAGUGUGACGCACAGUGUCAGCCGGGCUUCGUGUUCAGCGCCACCAGCAGGGCGUGCACAGAUGUGGACGAGUGCGCCGAGGGCCUGGACAACUGCCCGCUGGGAGACGAGUGCAUCAACCAGAUGGGCAGCUUCAGGUGCCGGCCGCCAGCGCGCUGUCCGCCCGGCUACCGGCCCAGCCUCCUCUACGGCGUCGACUGCGAGGACAUCGACGAGUGCGCCGAGCGUCUGGACAACUGCACUCGCGACCAGGGCCAGCUGUGCCAGAACACCGACGGCGGAUUCAACUGUAUCGUCCGCUGCGAGCUCGGCUACCGCUUCUCCCCGGCCCGCGGAGGCUGCGCAGACAUUGAUGAGUGCGCCGAGGGUGUCGGCAACUGCACGGCGGCGACAACGUGCGUCAACACCGAAGGCAGCUACACGUGCCGACCCAACUGUCCCGUCGGUUACCGCGCCAGCCCCAGCGGCACCUGUAACGACAUUGACGAGUGCGCCGAGGGCACUGCCGACUGUGGCCGUGGUCAGGCCUGUCGGAAUCAGCCGGGCGCUUUUAGCUGCGUGACAAACACCACUUGUCCGGAAGGGUUCGAGUACUCGAAAGACGGCGCCGACUGUCGGGAUGUUGAUGAGUGCGUGGCGGGCACCGACGGUUGUGACCCGCGCUCGACAACCUGCUCCAACACUGAGGGCGGCUUCGUCUGCGUGCCGCUGCCGGCCAGCCGCUGCCAGCCUGGCUACAGGUUCAAUGACAUCCUACAGCAGUGUGCUGACAUCGACGAGUGCGAGGAGGGCACAGCCAACUGCCAGCCGGCGGCCGAGUACUGCGCCAACACGGCCGGUGGCUUCACGUGUCAGCGCCGACAGGAUGGCGUGCAGUGUGCCACCGGCUUCCGGCUCAACGCCACCUCCGGCGUCUGCGACGACAUUGACGAGUGCGCCGACGGCGUGCACUCGUGCCGGCGCCCGCUGCACUGCGUCAACAUCCGCGGCAGCUUCACGUGCACGCUGGCGGCCGCCGGGGACCGGUGCGCGGCCGGCAGCCGGCUGCUCGACGGACGCUGCGUCGACGUCGACGAGUGCCGCGAGGGCAGCCACCUCUGUGACCGGGCCACCGAGCGCUGCGUCAACGAGCGCGGCGGCUACCGGUGUGCGUCGGCGGCCGGCCCGGCGCCGGCCGCCGACUGCCCGCCGGGAUUCCGGCGGUCGGCGCCGCUGGGCCGCUGCGUCGGUACGUACCGCGCCGCUCGGCCGCCGACGCCAACACCUUGUGCAGGCGUCAGUAGCGUGUGGGCGCUCCACUGACAUUGGCGCUAGUUCAGAGCGUGCAGGCUCACACGAGCGCUGGCGCGCGACGAGUCGCGAAUUUCAUCCGACUGUUCGUCUGCUAUCUCCACCUGCGCCCUGGGCAGAUUGUAGCCGCACUGUGUGCAUCAGGGCUGCGGAGUCGGAGUCGGAGUCGGAGUCGGAGUGGGAAGAUUUGUCCGGAGUCGGAGUCCAAGCUGGAGUCGCUAAAAUUUGACCGACUCCGACUCCGGAGUCGGAGUUAACGCUGCCUGGCUCAUAGUCAUGUCAUUUACCUGGUUGCUUAACGAUAUUUCGCUUGUUGACCUUUCAAAAUCAAAUUUAGUUGAAGCUAAGGACAUACCACUGUUUUGGACGAGCGUUUUCAUUUAACAAUGCUGAAGAAGGCUGCUGCGUCAAA